AAUACCCCCUUUUAAAAUGAGCAAAUUCGAUUAAAGAAUAUCAGAAAAGUAUAUGGAAGAUGUAUGUGGUAUCGUUUACGAUUAUUAAAACCCCAGCCAAAUAUUAUUCCUACAGUAAAGAAAAUAGUUCUGCUUGCAGGAUGGGCAUUGUUCUUAUUCCUUGCAUACAAAGUUUCCAAAACAGACCGAGAAUAUCAGGAGUACAAUCCUUAUGAAGUAUUAAAUUUGGAUCCUGGAGCAACAGUAGCAGAAAUUAAGAAACAAUAUCGCUUGUUGUCACUUAAAUAUCAUCCAGAUAAAGGAGGUGAUGAAGUUAUGUUCAUGAGGAUAGCAAAAGCUUAUGCAGCUUUAACAGAUGAAGAGUCUCGGAAAAAUUGGGAAGAAUUUGGAAAUCCAGAUGGGCCUCAAGCUACAAGUUUUGGAAUUGCCUUGCCAGCUUGGAUAGUUGACCAGAAAAAUUCGAUUCUGGUUUUACUUGUAUAUGGAUUGGCAUUUAUGGUUAUCCUUCCUGUUGUUGUGGGCUCAUGGUGGUAUCGGUCAAUACGCUAUAGUGGAGACCAGAUUCUAAUACGUACAACACAGAUUUAUACAUACUUUGUUUAUAAAACUCGAAAUAUGGAUAUGAAACGUCUCAUCAUGGUUUUAGCUGGAGCUUCUGAAUUUGAUCCUCAAUAUAAUAAAGAUGCCACAAGCAGGCCAACAGAUAAUAUCUUAAUACCACAGCUAAUUAGAGAAAUUGGCAGCAUAAAUUUAAAGAAGAAUGAGCCUCCACUUACCUGUCCAUAUAGCCUGAAGGCCAGAGUUCUUUUACUGUCUCAUCUUGCUAGAAUGAAAAUUCCUGAGACCCUGGAAGAAGAUCAACAAUUCAUGCUGAAAAAAUGUCCUGCUCUGCUUCAAGAAAUGGUUAAUGUAAUCUGCCAGCUAAUAAUAAUGGCCAGGAGCCGUGAAGAAAGGGAGUUUCGUGCUCCAACUUUGGCAUCAUUAGAAAACUGUAUGAAGCUCUCACAGAUGGCUGUCCAAGGCCUCCAGCAGUUUAAGUCUCCCCUUCUGCAGCUCCCUCACAUCGAGGAGGACAAUCUUAGGAGAGUCUCCAACCAUAAAAAGUACAAAAUUAAAACUAUUCAGGAUUUGGUCAGUUUAAAGGAAUCAGAUCGUCAUAGUCUGCUGCACUUCCUUGAAGAUGACAAAUAUGAAGAGGUAAUGGCGGUCCUUGGGAGUUUCCCCUAUGUGACUAUGGAUAUAAAGUCACAGGUAUUGGAUGAUGAGGAUAGCAACAACAUCACAGUAGGAUCCCUAGUCACAGUGUUGGUUAAAUUGACAAGGCAGACGAUGGCCGAAGUAUUUGAAAAGGAACAGUCCAUCUGCGCUGCAGAGGAACAGCCUACGGAAGAUGGGAGUGAUGCCAGCAAGAACAAGGCCAAAGGAGGAUGGCAGCAGAAGAGCAAAGGACCCAAGAAGAUGCCCAAGUCCAAAAAGAAGAAGCCUUUGAAAAAAAAGCCCACAGCUCUGCCCUUCCCCCCGGCCAAACAGCAGAAGCAGAAGCAGGCCAAUGGAGUUGUUGGGAGUGAAGCUGCAGCAAAGGAGGAAGAAGACGACAUUUCUGACAAAGGCAGCGACUCUGAAGAGGAAGAGACCAACAGAGAGUCCCAGAGUGAGAAAGAGGACGGCAGUGACAGAGAGUCUGAUAGAGAGCAAGAUGAGAAACAAAACAAGGACGACGAAGCAGAGUGGCAAGAAUUACAACAGAGCAUACAGAGAAAAGAGAGGGCUCUCCUGGAAACCAAGUCAAAGAUCACACACCCUGUGUAUAGUCUCUACUUUCCUGAGGAAAAACAAGAGUGGUGGUGGCUUUAUAUUGCAGACAGGAAAGAACAGACAUUAAUAUCCAUGCCAUAUCAUGUAUGUACACUGAAGGAUACAGAAGAGGUAGAACUGAAGUUUCCUGCACCAGGCAAGCCUGGAAAUUAUCAGUAUACAGUGUUUCUGAGGUCAGACUCCUAUAUGGGUUUGGAUCAGAUUAAACCACUGAAGCUGGAAGUUCAUGAGGCCAAGCCUGUGCCAGAAAACCACCCACAGUGGGAUACGGCAAUAGAAGGUGAUGAAGACCAGGAAGACAGUGAGGGGUUUGAAGACAGCUUUGAGGAAGAGGAGGAGGAAGAGGAAGGCGAUAACUAACCAGUGUAUGCGUGGACCACAGCGUUUGCACAUGCUUGCAAACAUCUGCUGCUUUGUAAGUCCUAAUAAAGCAGAAGCAGUGCAGAACUGAUGCGGUGGGAGUGCUGGCGUCUUUACUAGAGAUGGACACAUCACACAGGCAGUUGGCGGGCCGUGGUACUGUCUGAAGGGCUCCUUGAAAGCCUUUCCGGUUUGGGGUGGAGCGACCAUAUCAUCUGCAAAUGAUAAUAAAUCCUUCAUUGUUAAAACUGUCCAGAAGCGUGGGCUGUGCAUUACCUGAUCAGUUUACGGUCUCAGUCAGAGUCAAGGUACAUGAAAAACAGUCUUUGUUCAACUUUAGUUUUAGUAAACAUUAAAAUAUGAUAAACAUCACAAAUAUGUUUUAAAUAACAUCUGCUCAAGUUUUUAAUCUGUUAAUAAGCUCUGUUAUUCAUUUAUCAAUAUUUUACAAAUGGUAAGAUUGUAACAGUUCCAUACAUGAGUUCAAACCUUUAUUUUUAUCUAUCUUGGCCAUAACUUAGCAUUCUCACACAUUCCACACAAUACAGAGGGCUACAUUUUGGAAUUUUCCGUUCUUAAUUGCCCAGAGUUAGCAGACAUGACAAAAGUGGCUUUUAAUGGCUUAAGGCCUCUUAAAGCCUCCGUUGGUGUCUGCACAAAAUCUCAUUCUCCUGAUAAGCUCAGGGCUGAAAGGGAUUGUGGGACCACCCGUUCUCUGAUGCUUGGGUCAUGUUAUCCAGUCUUUUGAAAAGGGUUACUAUAAAAGCUGGACUACAUUCUUAGCUUUUAAUCUACCUGACUUCAGAAGCCUUUUAAAGAAAAUAAAUACAGCAUACAAAGGAGGCAUUUUUUUGUAUUCAUUUUGGACUCCUGUUAAUAAAAUAGAAGUUUGACUCA